CGGCAGCGAUCCGACGUCCGUGGUGCCAAGUUAUAGCCUCUGAAUCGUGAAACGUGCAACAAAUAAUCAUUGUUUUGAGGGCAGAGUGCGUCGAAAAAAUGUGGCAAAACCAAACGAAGCGAUUAAAGCAUUUACUCUAAUUUAUAUAUAAAUGUAUAAUUUUUUUUGUUUGCUACAAAUCCAAAUUUGUUGUGAUUAUUAGCUUAAAUAGUUGCGAGCGGAAAAGUUGGUAACACUGUUUUCGCCACCGCGGCUAACGGAACGUGUGAAUCGCCAAAGUUCGAUUAGGAAAUCACGAAUCUUUAUCAAUAAUGCCGAACCGUUUUUGUAGUACCGUGUUUACGUAAUUGCAAAAAAAAAAAAAUAAAAUAAAUAUAGUAUAUAGUUAGUUUAGUAGUUUUUUUUUUUGAUGUGCCGCGAGUGAGUGAGGAAAAGCAGCGAAGGAAAACGGAAAACUGCAGCGUGGAAAAUACGCAAAACUACCUGUUGGAGAUACGAGAUCUCUCUUUCUCCCUCUCUACGUCCCUCCCUCCCUCUCCCUCUCAGCGGGAAUUUAUAUUGAAGGUCGCACCGGUGCCGUGACCAGUGCACGUGCAUUUUUCCACCAAAAAUAUAUCCAAAAAUAAUACAACAACAACAAAAAAUACAGGAUAUAAAUAAUAGUAAUACAAGUAAAAAUUAUGGCUUGCUCUGCGACUCACCUUAUCCCGCUGAUUAUCCCAUGCCUAAUCCUGCCCUGGCUCAGCGCCGGCUUCAAUCUUGAGCAGCGGCUGCCCAUUGUAAAAUUCGGACAUCAGCACUCGCAUUUUGGCUACUCGGUGGCCACCCACACAAUUGGCGAGGCCCAUUGGCCCAACAAGACAAAUUGCAUUCUAGUGGGAGCUCCUCUUGAUCAAAAUCAACAGCCCAACACCUCACAUUCGGGCGCCUUGUGGCGAUGUCCGAUAACUUCAGGAUUCGAUGACUGCGAACAGGUGAUCACCGAUGGCAGACGCACACCGAGCGGAGUAUAUGAGACUAAUAAGAGCUUCGAUAGCGAAAUCCUGUCACCGCCCUCAGAUGAUGAGAUCAAGGAGGGUCAGUGGAUGGGCGUUACAGUGCAAUCGAAUCCUUUGCAGGCCAAUGGAUCUGGUGGCAAGGUAUUAGUUUGUGCCCAUCGCUAUAUGUUUGUUGUACGGGAAAAUCGUCAUGGUCAGGGUCUCUGUUAUCUCCUCACCAACGAUUUGCAAUUCGAAGAGGUCUACGAACCCUGCAAAGGACGAACUGUUAAAAGACAACACGAGGACUAUGGCAUGUGCCAGGCGGGCACAUCGGGUGCUCUUCUGGAUGAUGACACCAUGGUUCUGGGCUCACCUGGACCCUCCACGUGGCGCGGUUCCAUCUGGGUGACCCAGGUGGGUGGCGAAUAUCUGCAGCGGGAUAAGACCACCUACUAUAGCAAUCAUGCGGAUGUGGGAUCACCGGUGGAUAAAUACAGUUACCUGGGAAUGUCCGUCACAGGUGGACGUUUCUUUGGACACAUGUCCUAUGCGGCGGGAGCACCCCGUUCCGAGGGUCAUGGUCAGGUGGUGAUCUUCGACAAGUCCAGUGAGAAUCCCAUACCGGUGCAUAUGAUUCUCGAUGGUGAACAGUUUGGCUCCAGUUUUGGCUAUGAACUGGCCACCGCGGAUGUGAAUGGCGACCAUCAGCCGGAUCUUAUUGUCGCCGCUCCUCUGUACUUCAGCAAAUCCGAGGGUGGAGCAGUGUAUGUGUAUCAGAAUCAAAAGGAUUCACUGCCUCUGAAAUAUACCCAGAAGCUGACAGGAACACUGGAGAGUAGAUUUGGUCUGGCUUUGGCCAAUAUUGGGGAUUUGAAUAAGGAUCAUUGCGAUGAUCUGGCCGUGGGUGCACCCUACGAGGACAGAGGCGUUGUGUACAUCUAUCUGGGUUCUCGUCAAGGACUAAACACCAAGCCGGCGCAGAAGAUCAAGGCCGAGGAUUUGGGUGGCAUUAUGCCACAGGGACAGCCACCGAUACGCACCUUUGGCAUCUCCAUUUCAGGCAAUACGGAUCUUGAUGAUAACUCAUAUCCGGAUGUGGUCAUUGGUGCCUUUAACUCUUCGGCAGCAAUUAUACUCCUGGCACGUCCCAUCAUCAGCAUCCAGACGAGUGUCAGGCAGGAGGAGCUCCUGAAUAUGGAUCCCAAUCAGCCGGGCUGCAAGGCGGAUGCCUCCAGCAAUCUCACCUGCUUCUCCUUCGAGGCCUGCUGCAGCAUUGAUCCUUACGAUGAGAAGAGCAAGGAGCUCCGGCUGGCCUACAGUGUGGAAGCGGAGACCUUUGAUCAUGCCAAGAAAUUCUCCAGAGUAUUCUUUGAUCGUGAGAACAAGCGGAGUAAUGUCCUUGGACGUGUGGUUACAGUGAGAACGGAUGGCAAGGUGGCCUGUCAAAGGGUCACGGGAUAUAUCAAAGCCAAUACCAGGGAUAUACAGACACCAGUGCGUUUCCGCUUGAAAUACUCGCUGGUGGAGCCUCCUCUGGCGGAGACCGCUUUGGUACAUCUCAAUCCCAUUCUGGAUCAGACGCAGGCACAUAUUGACUUUGAGGGAACCUUCCAAAAGGAUUGUGGUGAUGAUGAUCUCUGUGAGAGUAAUUUGAUUAUACGUGCAGAGCCAAAUAUCACACGUUCUGGCAAGGAUUACACCUUGAUUCUGGAUGAAACGGAACUGGAGGUGCGCAUUAAUGUAAGCAAUCUGGCGGAUUCGGCCUAUGAGGCACAAUUGUUUAUCCAACAUCAGGCGGGAGUCUCCUAUGUGGCCACCAAGAAGCCGACCAAUGCCACCUGCAAUAGCUUCAAUACCACUUUGGUGGCCUGCAGUCUGGGUAAUCCGAUGCUACGUGGUGCCACCACCUUUGUGACCAUACGCUUCCAGCCCAAGGGUUUGGAACCGGGUGAGAAAUCCAUGUUGUUCCAUAUCUUUGCCAAUACCACCUCUAAAUUGGUGGGCCCUGAGCCACCAGAGAGGGAUCUCCUGGUGAAGGUGGUGCGUCAGGCUAAGCUCAAUUUCCGUGGUUGGCCCAAGCCAGAGCAGAGUUUCUAUAGUGCAGCCACCAUGAAGAAGGGUAACCAAGGUGCAACUUCCGGUUCUGCCAGUUCCGAUUCAGAUGGAUCCUCUUCAUCCUCUGCAACUUCUCCCAUGGAAAUGGAUGAUGUGGGCUCUCAGGUUAGCCAUAGCUUUACCGUAUUCAAUGAUGGUCCCUCCACGGCACCCAAGGUACACAUGGUUAUCCAUUGGCCUUUGGCCUUGUAUAGUGAUCCCCAGAGCAAUCGCCUGGAUCAAUAUCUUUUGUAUUUGGAACAAAUACCCACCGUGGAGGUGGGUGUGGGUGAGUGUCGUGUGCCACCGCAAUAUGUCAAUCCUUUGGGACUCACAACGGGCUCAAGGGAGGCUCAGGGUUAUCUCAGUGCCCCAGCACAGAUGCGUAUGUAUCCAUCGGCAGUGGGUGGCAGGCGGUUGAAUAAGAGUAUGCAGCAUACACAAAGGAGUUAUUACUCCCAUGAGGAUCAGGAGGAUCAAGAGGAUACAAGAUCACAGAAUCAGAAUAGGAUAAAACGUAGCUUCCUGGAGCGUGUGACCCGCUUGGAGAGGCUCACCUAUGACCCCGAAGGAGGUGGUUCCAAUGCCGCUGGCAAUGCCAAUGGCAAUGGCAAGAAACAGGAUAUUGUAGAAUUGGAUUGCAACAAGGGCACCACGCGUUGCAUACAAAUUGAUUGUGAAAUAUGGAAUAUGCCCGCCCGAUCCGAGGCCCAAGUGGUGGUCACUGCACGCCUGUGGAACUCCACGCUGGUCAAUGAAUAUCCUCGGGUGGAUCGUGUCCGGAUUAUAUCCUCGGCCACAGCGCGAAUACCCGAGGAUUAUGGUGUAGAGGUCAUGGAGCUCAAUGAUUGUGAGGUGGAGACCCGUGCCUAUCCCGAGUUAAGGAAUCAACAGCGUGAUACCUCCAUACCCUGGCUUAUCAUUAUCCUGGGCAUCGUUGGUGGCCUGCUCCUGUUGGCCCUCUUCACGUAUUGCCUCUGGAAAUGUGGCUUCUUCAAGAGAAUUCGUCCCACGGAUCCCACGCUUAGCGGCAAUUUGGAGAAAAUGAAUGAGGAGAAACCCUUCCUGGCGCCCAAUAAAAACACGCAUCAUGUUUUCUAACAAGAGGGCACCGUUGGCUGGGAUUUGGUGCGACGAAGGCGGAAACGGCAUUGCCGCCUAACUGCUGCACUGCAUCAUUUACCGCCUACACGUCAGGGUUGGCGCAAAGCUCCGAACAACCAGAAGAACCAUUAUAACAAUAAUAAUUAUAAUCAUAAUAGUAACAACAAUAAUGACAGCGAUGUGGAUGUGGAGUCACUAACGCCACCUCCGCCACCGCUGAGCAUUCUAAGCUGGGGCAAUGAUGGCUACUACCAGGCCAGCGCCGCCUGGUGGGGUCACAUGUAAG